AUUGUAUGCAGGGUCAUUUUCUUCCCACUUUUCCUAUUUCAUGUUGUUGUUGCCAGAGGAAGAUUCUCAUUACCUGCACCAUCAGUUCCCCAUGUCCGUGAUUGGGAACCAUGUCAUGCAGUUGUUGCCACACCUUUGCUUAUUGCAUUUGAACUGCUUCUUUGCAUCUAUCUUGAAAAUAGCCAUGUUACUAAGCCUCCACCUGUAAGCCUGCAGAUUGUCUUCCUUCCUCUGUUGGCAUUUGAAGUAACCAUUCUUGUUGACAAUUUCAGAAUGUGCAAGGCCUUAUUACCUAGAGAUGAUGAAAGUGUGAGUGAUGAUGCAAUAUGGGAGACACUUCCUCAUUUUUGGGUUGCUAUAUCCAUGGUUUUCUUCAUUGCUGCCACUGUCUUCACCCUCCUGAAGUUAUGUGGUAAUAUUUUUAGGUUAUCUACUUUCUAA